UUUUCCGGCAGUCAUGAUUGCAGUACACGUAGUGUACGUUCGUACAGCUUGUGUCUACACGUACGAAGGUACACGUAUAGACAGGAGCUUCGCUCCAAUCUGCUACCCUGUAGCUAGACACUCUUCCCACCUCUUUUCUAGUUUCGAAACUUCAGUAAGUUAUCUGGUCUGCACCGCGCGCGCGCUCCAGACUGAGGGAACCCGCGAUUCUCUUCCUUUCCACCCUGACCAUCGUAGUCGAGAAGCGAUCUCGCGCUUCAGGUUUGAUAGAACGCGCUCGAGCGCGCGCGCAGUUUGGGGCGCGUAGGACGACCCACGCCAUCACCAAAAGUUGCUACGGGUGGAGCUGGGGAUGACAAGAUCCUAUGUGUAGUGACUCCGCCAGACGGGACACGACAAUUGAGCGACAGAAGGUCGCUACGUGCUCCCCUUCGAAGUCACACGAGCAACAGAAAAGGAAGAGGCCGCAGCGGUGGGGAAAGAAGAAGAGCUUGGGGAAAGGUUCCUAUGUGAAAGCGAACGCAAUCACAACAAGAAGGUCCCCGCGCCUCGACCUCGUCCCCUUUCUGGAACGGGCAUGCCCCCGUUCGCGAGCGACCCACUUCACCAGUGUGGCGUUGUGAGCGACGGGUGUGUGUGGCAGUGCGGUGUGAUUGUGCACGGCUACAUACUCCUCCGUGUGAGCUUCACGAUAGAUCUAACACUAUCGAUAGAUGAAACGGCAUAGCGUGAACGUAGAUCCUAAUCGUCUUCAUCCGCAGGGGCACCCUCCUCCAUGGCGUCUUCUAGGAUCUCGCCGUCCUGGUGCUCGCCGCCAUCUUCUUUCUUUUUCUUCUCAGGCGGCGGUGCGCGCUCCGUCGGUGCGCUGCGCUUCUUCUUCGGCUUCUUACCGAUGCCGAUCUGGGUGUGAGGAGAAAAGACGACGAUGGA